CCUUACUUUUUCCCCUUCAAAAUCCAACCCACAAACCAAUUUCUCAUGCUCCUCUCUACCUCUCGUUUUCUUUCUCUUCAAAUCGAUAAUAUUUCUUUAUAAGAUUUUCGUGUUAAUUUUCAAGAUUUUGUGAAUUGCUUUUGUAACUAUGGCGCAAAAAACAGAGAAAGAAGAGACGGAAUUCAAGGUUGUACCGGAGACCAUAACGCUGUGUGUUAAAUGCGGUGUUGCUGGUAAUUCUGCGGCCAAUGAUUUGUGUAAAAAAUGUUUCAGCGCCACCGCAGCGGGGUCUGCAUCCGCUGUGGUCACGGCGGUUGCGGGAUCUAAAAAAUCGUUUAGAUCCAGCUCGUCCUCGAGAUCUUCGCCUGAGAGGAAAUUGAAAUCUGUGGAGAUCAGUAAGGGUUUGAAGAAAGAUGAUUCGGAUUCGGCGGAGGUUGUGCUGGUGAAGCGAGAGGUGAAUCGUUGCUCCGGUUGCCGGAGGAAGGUCGGUUUGACCGGAUUUAGAUGCAGAUGCGGCGAGCUCUUUUGCGCCGAUCAUCGUUAUUCCGAUCGGCACGACUGCAGCUACGACUACAAAGCCGCUGGAAGAGAGGCCAUCUCGAGGGAAAAUCCGGUGGUUAAAGCGGCUAAAAUUAUCAAAAUUUGAAGAAACAAUUAUCGAAUUUAUACGCGUAUGUAUCAAUCCAGAAGCAACGUGAAGUGAAAUGAAAUGAAAUUGUAAAAAAUUGGAGAGCCUGGCUCGAUCUCCAUCUUUAACACGUCCUCAAUUAACAGAGGAGGAGAAAUUGAAGGGGAAGAUAGAUUUUCAUUUUUCCUUGGAAAAAUGAUAAAUUGCGAUGAAAAUGAAAUUGUGAAACUUUUUUUCUCUUCUUCUGGUGUUGUUUCGUCUUAUUUUGUAAUUUAUUUCUGUUUGAAUCGGAAAUAAGAUGUGCUUUCUUAGAAUUCGAUUA